GGAGGUGUGGAUAGUGAGGGGUGCCGCACAUCGGGAGCAGAGGGUCGGUGUCAAGAGCGGCGGGGUCUGCUGGAGUGAAGAGAAACGGGUACUGCCUUCCCCACAAUGGCAGACAUGGUGGCUGAGGUGGCUGACAUGGCCGAGAUGUCAACACAGAUGUCACCAGAGGCAAUGGAGAUGCCGAUACCAGUGUUCAGGGAGAUGACAGAGAUGUCAGCAGAGGUGGCUGAGAUGAAACCUGGAGAGGCCCUUGCCUCAUCCCUCUUUUUCCAGCACCACCAAUUCAUGUGCUCUGAGUGUGGCAACCUCUACAACACACUGGAGGAAGUCAUCUCACACCAGGAGCAGCAUGUACCCAUUGUCACAGAGGAGGAGGCGCUGACCACCCAGGAUGCUGGCCUGGAGCCGGAACUAGUGCCAGGUACUGAGGAUGGGCCUUUCCAGUGUGGCGAAUGCAGCCAGCUCAUCCUCUCCCAUGGUGAGCUCCUGGCCCACCAGGACACCCACCUCCAGGAGUCUACAAGCCAGAUCCAGUACCAGUGUGGGGACUGCCAGGAGCUGUUCCCCUCACCUGAGUUGUGGGUGGCUCAUCGGAAGGCCCAGCACCUUUCUACUGCAGCAGCUGGACCACCAGUGCCACCACCUCCCCCUCCUCCAGCACCACCACCUCCACCCCCUGAUCCACCUGGAGUCAAGAUGGAGCCCUACGAGUGUCCUGAGUGCUGUACCCUCUGUGCCACCCCUGAGGAGUUCUUGGAGCAUCAGGGAACCCACUUUGAUUCCCUAGAGAAAGAGGAAUGCAAUGGCCUAGAGGAAGAUGAGGAGGAUGAAGAAGAUGAUGAAACAGAGGAGGAAGGGUUGACAGCAGAGGUUGGUGAUGAUGCUAUAGAAGGCAACAAGUCCACAGCCAGCCAGGCCCAGAGCUGUGGGGAUUAUCACCAACACUGGACCUCAGCAGGGGCACGCCGGCGACACCGGCGGGCAUCCCAUGGCCCAGGGUCAACAACCCAUCCCUUCAGCUGCAGCCAGUGCCAGCGCUGCUUCAGCUCAGCAAACCGGCUGCUGGCUCAUGGGCGGGCCCAUGUUGGUGGCACACACGAGUGUACCACCUGCUUCAAGGUCUUCAAGAAAGCAUCCUCCCUGGAGCAGCACCUGCGGCUGCACCGUGGGGAAGCCCGCUAUCUCUGUGUGGACUGUGGUCGUGGCUUCAGCACAGAACUCACAUUGGUGGCCCACCGGCGGGCCCACACCGCCAACCCAUUGCAUCGGUGCCGCUGUGGCAAGACAUUCAGCAACAUGACCAAGUUUCUCUACCAUAGGCGCACCCACGCCGGCAAGAGCGGGGCGCCUCCCGCCACCACAGCAGCCUCCCUAGCUCCAGCUGAGCCCCUGCCCCCGCCACCGCCCCCUACCCCGCCUGCCCAGCUGCCCUGUCCACAGUGCUCCAAGUCCUUCGCCUCAGCCUCCCGCCUUUCCCGGCACCGGCGCACGGUCCACGGGCCCCCUGAGCGGCGACACUGCUGCGGGGUUUGCGGCAAGGGCUUCAAGAAGCUAGUCCAUGUGCACAACCACCUACGGACACACACGGGCGAAAGGCCCUUCCAGUGCCACUCCUGUGGCAAGACCUUUGCUUCUCUGGCCAAUCUCAGCCGCCACCAACUGACCCACACAGGUGUGCGUCCCUACCAAUGUCUAGACUGUGGCAAACGGUUUACACAGAGCUCCAACCUGCAGCAGCACCGGAGGCUGCACCUGCGGCCAGUGGCCUUCGCUCGUGCCCCCCGCCUCCCCAUCACUGGCCUCUACAACAAGAGCCCCUACUACUGUGGGACAUGCGGCCGCUGGUUCCGUGCCAUGGCAGGCCUGCGCCUGCAUCAGCGGGUCCAUGCCCGCGCCCGGACAAUGACCCUGCAGCCCAGAUCACCACCUCCAGCCCCAUCCCCAGCCCCCCAGCCUCAGCAGACUAUCAUGUGCACUGAACUUGGGGAGACCAUCGCCAUCAUCGAGACAUCCCAGCCACUGGCACUUGAGGACACACUGCAGCUGUGCCAGGCAGCACUGGGAGCCAGCGAAGCGAGCGGGCUGUUGCAAUUGGACACGGCCUUCGUGUGACACCACGAAGAGCAAUAAUAAAACAGUUUGGUUGCAACAGCAAGUAUGAACACCUCUGGGGAGGAAGGGGACCACCCCCCAGCAAGCCACUCUGGCACCCAGUGGGUGCCAGGAUCCACCCUGGCCUCUUACCCACUAACUCCUCAGAACAGCCCUGCCAGGUUUCUCUUGUCGCCUUUCUCUGCCUGAAGGGAAAUUGAAGCCCUGGGACGUGAUAGGAUCUGUCCCAGGUCACCCACAAAGCAGGGUUUGCCAGGGUUCUUUGUGUGACCCUGCUGCCCAGCAACAUCAGGUCACCUUGUUUGAGCCUGGGCUGUGUGCUCAGAUACGUGCCCAUUAUGUCUUCAGGUCCUCCGCUGUUCCCAUAGCCCAAGGCUUCCUUGGAUUCUCAGCACCCAGGACUCAGCUCUGCCCAGGAGGAACACAUUUGACUUGUCUGGGCUUCCUUAAUCUCAUUUUUAACAAUGUGAAAGGAAAGCUCUAGGUUCCCAGGGGGUGCUCAGUUGAAGAUGUGAUACUGGAGACCCAGGAAUGAGUCAGACUCAGGCUCUGCCUAGGAUGCCUGCAGUGUGGUAGGAGGAACACACGCAAGUACAGAUGGCCUUACUAAGUGCUUCGCUGACUCUUUCAUCUGGGAUGUCCUUCCUGAGUGCUGGGCAAUGCUUGGGGCUAGAGAUGAGUCAGGCCUCCACCCUGCCCAAGGGCAGACCAAUUGCAGGUCUGGGUUCCUCAGGGUUGCGGUAGGCAUGCACAUGGACAGUGGGCCCCAGAACAGGGAACAAAGCUGGGUGGUGGGAGGUCAGGAGUCAGAGACUUACAGAGGAGAUAGGAAUUUGCUAGGAGAACUUUCCAGGCAGACAGCAUGGAGGGUGAGUUCUUAGUAUACUUGGAGACUGUCCAGUUAUUCACAAUUACAAUAACAGCGAACAUUUGACUCCCUUGCCGUGGCAGGCACCGCAGUUACCACUGUGAUCCCGAUGGGCCCGUGAGGAGAUCUAAGAAUUACCCCUAUUGUACAGCCAAGAAAAUGGGCAGACUUGCUCAAGGUCCCACAGCUAGGCAGAGGCAUUGCUGAGACUUCCACCAAGCCCAUCCCUUCAGUCUAUGUCCAGAACGAGUGAAACCUUUGUGGAGGUAGGGGCUCAGGGGGUUCAUUGUAACUGGAGGAAAGGUGAGCUGGUGUCACAGAGAAGUUGGUGUUUGAGGGGUCUUUCAAAAGAUCAAGUCUUGGGGGCAGAAAGGAAUCCCCAGCCUUUCCAGAUUCCUUUAUGUGACAAUCCUUCUGUCUCUAAACAUGAUAUACGGCAGGUCAGGUCCAUGGGCAGGCUCCUCCCAGGCCUCUGCAGAUCCAGGUACUCUUGCAGGUGAGGCAGAAUGAGGCAGGGCCGUGGCUGUGUGUCUGGGAGGGAGGGCUAGACCUCAGAAGGCCUUCAGAGCUGGGCUAAGUGGGGCAGUGUGAGAAAGGGUGGGUCCUAAAUGGGGGUUUGGGCUCCCUGCAGUCAAGGUGGGGUGUUGGAGGAGACUGAAGAUGGUCCAGGAAGGAGAGAACAGGCCAGAGCUGGGCAGAGGCUGAGGGGGUGGAAGAGUAAGGGAUGGUGACCUCAUGGCUGACCAGAUGUGAGCAAUGGGGAAGGGGUCUCUAGGAGCCCCAAGGCCUGCCUCUUGCCCAGACCAGCCUUCUUCCCCUACCCUAGUCCACUUGCUUUAUAUCUUCAUGACACAAAAAAAGGUGAUACCUAGACAGUGUUCAGCAGGGAAGGCCAGGGUUUGCUUUGGGCAGUAUAGAGAUGGCCCCUAGGGCUGGCCUGAGCAUACAAAAGCCCAAAUGCCACACAACGGUCCUUGAACUCCCUCUGCAACGUUUGAAACUCCUGUCUUUCUUGGCCAGUAAAGCACCUGUCAGUUGCUCCUCCCCAGACUGUUCCCCUGGGGCUUCUGCCCUGGCCCACAGCUGGCACCACAUGGAGGAGGCACCGUUUCACUCUGCCAGUGGCCCCACCACCUGGCCCAGCAUAUUUCCUAAGUGAGGGUAAAAGCCAGGCUCUGCACUAGCCUCUCAGGAGUGUCGCUUCCCAGCAUCCAUAGAAGGUGGCUCAGGUAAGUGCCCUGUUUGAGACCUGGAAAUGAAGGCUUGGGGAUCUGCUAGUGUUUGGGGACAGCAUCUCUGCCCCCAUGCAUGCCCACUGAAUCUACAUCAGGCUAAGUUUUGUGUCCUCCAAACCCUUGAAGCAGUAGGCAGCAGGGACUGAGACAGCUUUUUGUUCAAAUCUUGACUCUUGCCAUUUAUGCCCUGUGGCCAUGACCUCUCUGGUCCCCAGUUCUCUCCCUCCCUGGGUAGAAGCAGAUAGUUCAUGCUGGGUCCAGGGGCAGGCUCAUCCCAGGCCUCUGCAGCAUAUAAGCCAGACCUGUUUAUCCUCACAUGGGAAGGCUGGGCAUCUGAGCCAGGGCCCAGAUUCAGGCCUCAGAUGGCCCAACCUGGGUUCACUCUACCCCACCCCUGCCUGAGAUACAGCCUGCUCCUGUCCCACCGGGCACCUCCCACACCUCCAGGGAAACAGGCAGCCAGACGUAAGCAGGUUUUCAUGCCAAUAAUUUAUUGAACGGAGGUCUGUACACAGGCAAACCUUACUGUGGAAACUACGAAGACAUCAGGAGCCCAGGAGCCCCCCACCACCCCUACCCCGGCCCUCUAGGGUGGGGAGAGGAAGGAGGAGACCUUAGGGCAGAGGACAGGAGGGGACACAGCUAUGGGAGGGGGAGGAACCAGGUUGGACGGUGCGAAUUGACGUUUUCUUUAAGAAAAAAAUUAUAACAAUCUAUUUACACCCGGGGGGCGGGGGUGGGCAGGGAAGGGAAGAAGAAAUGGACUGGUCUGGUUCUAUUUACAAGGGACACAGGAGGAGGGGAUGGGUUGGAGAAGGUGGAGG